UGUAGUUCAUCAUGGUAUUGGUACUCACGAUAGGAGAUUUACAUAUACCUAACCGAGUGGCUGCAGUUCCUCUCAAAUUUCGAGAACUUCUUGUACCAGGAAAAAUACAGCGAGUUUUGUGUACUGGAAACCUAUGUGACAAAGAGACUGAAGAGUUUCUCAAAGUCAUUUGUCCCGAAAUACAGAUCGUCAAAGGAGAUAUGGACGACGUUCAAUCCGAGUAUCCGGAACGUUGUGUUACGAACGUGGGACAACUUUCAUUCGGUCUUUGCCAUGGACACCAGCUGAUUCCAUGGAACGAUCCAAACUCACUGGCGUCACUUCGGAGGUUUGCUUGGCGUAUUAUUCUGUUUAAUUUAGCUUAUAGUAAACAUAGAGAUAUGGGUGUGGAUGUACUUGUUGUUGGUCAUUCGCAUUCGUUGAAAAUGACAGAAACUGUCGAUGGAGGUCUUAUCAUUGAUCCUGGAACUGCGACAGGUGCUCCAGUUGCUUAUAGUUUGGAACCCAAAAGACCGUCUUUUGUUUUAUUAGAUGUUCAAGGUACCAAAAUAAUAGCGUAUACCUAUGAAAUAUAUGGAGAGGAUAUCAAGGUAGAUCGUGUUGUAUUUGAACGACUUGCGAAUACUACUUUCCAGUAGCGUGUUUUUGACAAAGAGAGAAAUGAACCGAUCCCUUUCUAGAGAAAUCCUACGAUCCUUCCAAGGGAAAAAUGUUCUAUGGACAAUGAUCGAAUCUACCAAUCAGUUUCAAAUGACAAUGGGACAAAGAAUUUUGCCAAAACCAGCUUUAACGCCGCCAUCUGCAAAUUUGGGCUUUGAAUGAGAAAAACGGAAAGGAAAUCGGUUAAAGAAUUUGUGGUUUGUGAUUGAUUGGCGUGGUGAAAGACAAAUAAGUUUAUCAGCUAGUUUUAUCUUUUGAAAAGUUGGUUAGCCAAUUCAUUUCAUUAUUAUCUUGUGUAUUAAGAAAGUAUUACAAGUUAUUGUGUAAGCUGUGCUUGUUUGUUUGUUUCAAAAAGAACAGCUGCUGUAGUUUCUUCUUGAAACAAGUUUAUUUUUACUCUAUUGGUGAAAGUUUUCCCUUUGUAUUUUUUCUUCAAGUUUUCACUUUUGUCACUUGUUUCCGUCUUUUCUUCGUUAUA